GGUUGGGAGUGAAGAAAUUUGACAAGGGAGUUCAUCAAACUAUCAGCUAUCAUCAACUAUCAUCAGUUAUCAACAACUAUCAAGCUCAAUGGCCUCUGCACCUCUGGUUACGCCGCCGGCAGCACCACCACCAAGACUGCCGAAGACCCAGCUGCACUACGGGUCCACCAACAAUCCACCGAUAACGAAGAAGCACAUAGUGAGCGUUCUCCGGUUUGGGAAGAGGAGUUGGGCCACAGACAAGUUCUUGUGCCCACAAUGCUAUCUGCAGCCGAGUGGUCCGGUCACCACUGAGUUCUGGUGGAAGGGUGAAGCUCAUCUUGGUGUCGGGGACCACUCUAUGCGCGAGGCUACACGCUACAUCGAACAUCUGCAGUUUGAUCAUCACACCGGCGUUUCCAGUCCAACAGUGCUAUUUCUUGACCACCAACUGAGAGAUUUGGCCUAUGCCCAGUGGCAAAGGGCAGUGAGGUUUCCCCCCAUUGUUGCACGGGGGCCACCAGGGCCACCUGGUGUUGAUGGUUUGGAUGGGAUUGAUGGUGUGGAUGGUGUGGAUGGUAGGGCAGGGGUAGACGGGGCGAAUGGUGUGGAUGGUGUGGAUGGUGUGGAUGGUAGGGCAGGUGUGGAUGGUAGGCCAGGGGUAGACGGGGUGAAUGGUGUGGACGGUGUGGAUGGUAGGCCAGGGGUAGACGGUGUGGAUGGUGUAGAUGGACAACGUGGAGAGAGAGGAGAGAGGGGAGAGAGAGGACAAGGAUUGGACACCAGAAUGAUAGAAUCAUUAUUGGCACAAAAUGUAAGUUGA